AUGGCUAUUCUCAAUUUCACACUGACGCCUGAGGCAGCCGCCAAAGUCCACGACUUGCUGGUUUGUCUUGGAAGGUUCGACGACACCGUACUCCUCGAAGCGCGCAGAGAAAAACUCGUGUCAGCUUACUUUCACGGCUCUGAACUCGUCCAAAACUACAUAUGCCGCUAUCUCCCUUGA